AUGAAGUGCCUGGAUAAUCUUUCAGCACGAAUCACUAAGAAGGAGCGCACAGGUGACGAAAUGUCAUUGAGAAUGACGAGCAAAUGUUAUUCAGAAGACGCAAGGACAUCAUUUUCUAGGCCUCCCUGGGCUGAGUUAGGUGGUGCUUGUAGAGGCACUGACAUCGGGGGUGAUCCCUCCCCCGGACAACCCCUCCAUCCCCCUCUCGCUGCCCUCUCUGCCGUACCUGCGAGUGGACAUCUUCCUCCUCCUUCCUACUCGUUUCUCCUUCCUUCCCACUCGUCUUUCCCUCCCUCCCACUCGUCUUUCCCUCCCUCCCACUCGUCUUUCCCUCCCUCCCACUCGUCUCUCCCUCCUUCCUACUCGUUUCUCCCUCCUUCCCACUCGUCUCUCCCUCCUUCCCACUCGUCUCUCCUUACUUCCCACUCGUUUCUCCCUCCUUCCCACUCGUCUCUCCCUCCUUCCCACUCGUUUCUACCUCCCUCUCACUCGUCUCUCCCUCCUUCCCACUCGUUUCCCCCUCCUUCCCACUCGUGUCUCCCUCCUUCUGACUCGUCUCUCCCUCCUUCCUACUCGUUUCUCCCUCCUUCCCACUCGUCUCUCCCUCCUUCCCACUCGUUUCUACCUCCCUCCCACUCGUCUCUCCCUCCUUCCCACUCGUUUCUCCCUCCUCCUUACUCAUUUCCCCCUCCUUCCCACUCGUGUCUCCCUCCUUCCCACUCGUCUCUCCCUCCUUCCUACUCGUUUCUCCCUCCUUCCCACUCGUCUCUCCCUCGUUCCCACUCGUUUCUCCCUCCCUCCCACUCGUCUCCCCCUCCUUCCCACUCGUUUCCACCUCCUUCCCACUCGUCUUUCCCUCCUUCCCACUCGUUUCUCCCUCCUUCCCACUCGAUUCCCCCUCCUUCCCACUCGUCUCUCCCUCCUUCCCACUCGUCUCUCCCUCCUUCCAACUCGUCUCUCCCUCCUUCCCACUCGUUUCUCCAUCCUUCCCACUCGUCUCUCCCUCCUUCCCACUCGUUUCUCCCUCCUUCCCACUCGUCUCUCCCUCCUUCCCACUCGUCUCUCCUUCCUUCCCACUCGUUUCUCCCUCCUUCACACUCGUCUCUCCCUCCUUCCCACUCGUUUCUCCCUCCUUCCCACUCGUUUCUCCCUCCUUCCCACUCGUUUCUCCCUCCUUCCCACUCGUCUUUCCCUCCUUCCCACUCGUCUCUCCUUCCUUCCCACUCGUCUCUCCCUCCUUUCUACUCGUCUCUCCCUCCUUCCCACUCGUUUCCCCCUCCUUCCCACUCGUUUCCACCUCCUUCCCACUCGUCUUUCCCUCCUUCCCACUCGUUUCUCCCUCCUUCCCACUCGUCUCUCCCUCCUUUCUACUCGUCUCUCCCUCCUUCCCACUCGUCUCCCCCUCCUUCCCACUCGUUUCCACCUCCUUCCCACUCGUUUCUCCCUCCUUCCCACUCGUUUCUCCCUCCUUCCCACUCGUUUCUCCCUCCUUCCCACUCGUCUCUCCCUCCUUCCCACUCGUCUCUCCCUCCUUCCAACUCGUCUCUCCCUCCUUCCCACUCGUUUCUCCCUCCUUCCCACUCGUCUCUCCCUCCUUCCCACUCGUUUCUCCCUCCUUCCCACUCGUCUCUCCCUCCUUCCCACUCGUCUCUCCCUCCUUCCCACUCGUCUCUCCCUCCUUCACACUCGUCUCUCCCUCCUUCCCACUCGUUUCUCCCUCCUUCCAACUCGUUUCUCCCUCCUUCCCACUCGUUUCCCCCUCCUUCCCACUCGUCUCUCCCUCCUUCCCACUCGUCUCUCCCUCCUUCCAACUCGUCUCUCCCUCCUUCCCACUCGUUUCUCCCUCCUUCCCACUCGUCUCUCCUUCCUUCCCACUCGUUUCUCCCUCCUUCCCACUCGUCUCUCCCUCCUUCCCACUCGUUUCUCCCUCCUUCCCACUCGUCUCUCCUUCCUUCCCACUCGUCUCUCCCUCCUUCCCACUCGUCUCUCCCUCCUUCCCACUCGUCUCCGCCCGUCACACUCAUGUCCGCUUCCCCCAUAGUCACAUCCGCUUCCCCCAUAGUCACAUCCGCUUCCCCCAUAGUCACAUCCCCUUUCCCCAUAGUCACAUCCCCUUCCCCCUCAGAAGUACCUGCCUCCCCCAUAAUCACAUCUCUCUCCUCAAGCACGAUAACCCCGUCACUCACACACACGAUUCCCCUCCCCUCACUCAACUCCUCGCCCUCAACUCCUUCCCUCCACUCACAGCCGCCCCUUGCACUGGCUGCUUCUGAGCGGGAAGUUCGUGUACCUUCAUCUUUAUCCCCCUCUCCCUCUCCGUCCCCCCUUCCUUCUCCACUCCCCUCUCCUUCUCCAUCCCCCCGUCCCUCUCCACCCACCUCUGCCCUCACCUCCCCACCCUCACCCGAAACCCCCAUCCCCUCUGCCCCUCCACCACCACUCCCCCCUCCCCCCACCGACAAGCGCAACUCUCCCACAUCACCCCCUCCUCCUUCACUCGCCACCGCUUCCCCACCACCACUCCCACCAUUGCUUGGCACGGCCGCUUCCCUACCACCACUCCCACCAUUGCUUGGCACGGCCGCUUCCCUGCCACCACUCCCACCAUUGCUUGGCACGGCCGCUUCCCUACCACCACUCCCCCUCAGAUCGCUUGCUGCGGGCACUCCUCCCCCAACAGCAACCCCCCCCAGGCCACCAUAG